AUGAUUGAACUAGAGGACAGAGAGAUUCCUGUGAUACCAGGUAAUAGAUUAGACCAAGAAGAUGCACAGGAAUUGAGAUUAAUGAUUGCAGAAUUAUUAGGUAGAAGAAGUACAUCAUUUCCAGGAUCACAACCAGUUUCAUUUGAAAGAAGACAUUUAGAAGAAACGUUAUUACAAAAAGAUUAUUUUGUUUGUGAAAAAACCGAUGGUUUAAGAGCUUUACUUUUUUUGAUUAAUGAUGCAGAAAAGGGUGAAGGUGUCUUUUUAGUUACUCGAGAAAAUGAUUUUUAUUUCAUUCCAAAUAUUCAUUUUCCAUUGACUACUCAUGAAACCCUAGAAAAACCAAGUUAUCACCAUGGUACUUUAUUAGAUGGCGAAUUGGUUUUAGAAAAUAGAAAUGUUAGUGAACCAGUUUUGAGAUAUGUUAUAUUUGAUGCAUUAGCAAUCAAUGGUAAAUGUAUAGUUGACAGACCAUUACCCAAAAGGUUGGGUUAUAUCACUGAAAAUGUCAUGAAACCAUUUGAUAAUUUUAAAAGAAACUAUCCCGAAGUUGUUAAUACCCCAGAUUUCCCAUUUAAAGUGGGGUUCAAGACCAUGUUGACAUCCUAUCAUGCAGAUGACGUUUUAAGUAAAAUGGACCAAUUAUUCCAUGCUUCAGAUGGAUUAAUUUAUACAUGUGCUGAAACACCCUAUGUGUUUGGCACUGAUCAAACUUUAUUGAAAUGGAAACCUGCUGAAGAAAAUACUGUUGAUUUCCAAGUAGAAUUUGUAUUCAAUGAAGUUCAAGAUCCUGAUUUAGAUGAAAGAGAUCCCUCAAGUACCUAUUUAGAUUAUGAUGCCAAACCAAAUAUGAUCAAAUUAAGAGUAUGGCAAGGAAGUAACGUACACACUGAUUUUGCCAAGCUAGAUCUUUCAGAUGAAGAUUGGGAAAGAUUAAAGGCGUUAGAAGAACCAUUACAAGGUAGAAUUGCUGAAUGUCGUCAAUCACCUACAAAGAAAGGAUUUUGGGAAAUGUUGAGAUUUAGAAAUGAUAAGAGUAAUGGUAAUCAUAUAAGUGUGGUAGAGAAGAUUUUGGUUUCCAUUAAAGAUGGUGUUAAAGAAAAAGAGGUUAUUGAAUCAUGUCCUAUAAUAUCAAAAGCAUGGAAGAAACGUGAAAUGGAAAGAAGAAUGAAACAUAAUGGUAUGGCGCCACCGCCUCAAUCACAGCAGCAACAACAACAACAACAACAACAACAACAACAACAGGCACAUAACCAUCCAUCACGAAACUCCAUACCGUAUGGUGAAGAACCAGCAGCCAAAAGACAAAGAACAAAUUCUAAUGGACACCAUGGACAACUGAAUCAUCAUAAACAACAACAGCAACCACAGCAACCACAACAACCAAUGCUUGAUGAUAUCCCAACUUACGAAGAUAGCGAUGACGAGUAA